UGUUGAUGCAUGAAUGCUGGUACCCACUUACAGGGAUGCCAGAUGAUCAGUGCAGAAUGAAGGUCCCAAGAGAGAGGAUCACAUGGCUCUCUCUGCCCUGUGACGUCACUAGCAGAUGGCAUGGGUACCAGCUCUGGCAGUUGGCAUCAAUGUCACUUUUUAGAGAUCAAUGAGAUAGUGCAGAUACACACAGAUCUAGAGGCUCCAGGAGACGAUGCGACACUCAGCCUGAAAAGAUUUGGAAGACCCAAAAUGAAAACUGAUUAUUGAAUGAAAUUAAAACCUAAGGUAAUUUAAAAUUAGAGAACCAUGUUAACACUACCAUUUGAUGAGUCUGUUGUAAUGCCAGAAUCCCAGAUGUGCAGAAAGUUUUCUAGAGAAUGCGAGGACCAGAAGCAAAUUAAGAAACCAGAAAGCUUUUCCAAACAAAUUGUCCUUCGAGGAAAGAGCAUCAAAAGGGCCCCCGGAGAAGAAACUGAGAAAGAGGAAGAGGAGGAAGACAGAGAAGAGGAAGAUGAAAAUGGGUUGCCCAGGAGGAGGGGUCUUAGGAAAAAAAAGACCACCAAGCUCCGACUGGAAAGGGUCAAGUUUAGGAGACAAGAAGCCAACGCGCGUGAGAGGAACAGGAUGCACGGCCUCAACGACGCCCUGGACAAUUUACGAAAAGUGGUCCCCUGUUAUUCUAAAACCCAGAAACUGUCCAAAAUAGAAACUUUACGACUGGCCAAAAACUACAUUUGGGCACUUUCUGAAAUUUUGAGAAUCGGCAAAAGACCGGAUCUGCUCACAUUCGUCCAAAACUUGUGCAAAGGUCUUUCCCAACCAACUACAAACUUGGUGGCCGGCUGCCUGCAGCUCAAUGCCAGGAGCUUCCUGAUGGGUCAGGGUGGGGAGGCUGCGCACCACACAAGGUCACCCUACUCCACCUUCUACCCACCCUACCACAGCCCUGAGCUUGCCACUCCCUCGGGGCAUGGGACUCUUGAUAAUUCCAAGUCCAUGAAGCCCUACAACUAUUGCAGUGCAUACGAAUCCUUCUAUGAAAGUACUUCCCCCGAGUGUGCCAGUCCUCAGUUUGAAGGUCCCUUAAGUCCUCCCCCAAUUAACUAUAAUGGGAUAUUUUCCCUGAAGCAAGAAGAAACCUUGGACUAUGGCAAAAAUUACAAUUACGGCAUGCAUUACUGUGCAGUGCCACCCAGGGGUCCACUUGGGCAGGGUGCCAUGUUCAGGUUGCCCACCGACAACCACUUCCCUUACGACUUACAUCUGCGCAGCCAAUCUCUCACCAUGCAAGAUGAAUUAAAUGCAGUUUUUCAUAAUUAAUGAGGAAAAUGAAAAUAAACAGUGGUCAUUCGCCUCCCCCGUCUAAUUAAGACAAAGCAGAUGCUCAUGGGCUGUGUAAUUGGCACAACUCUAUCUAAGGUGUUUACUAGUUUCUGAAGUGUGUUUCAACUAUUGUGAAAAUUUUCUAUGUAAUAAUAAAUCUCUUUUCAUAUAAGAACUUCUUUUCUUUUCCUUUUAUCUGUAAAGCACUGUGAUUCUGUUUCCACUGGCAG